AUGUGUUGUGUCAAACUCACUCUCCUCUCCGCACUGCUGCUGAUGUUGGGAAGCAGCUGCGCCUCUGCUAUCAGCUCCAUAGACCCGGACUGGUCAGGGGAGGGCAGAUGUCAGCAUAUAAGCAUCCCCCAGUGCAAAGACAUUGGCUACAACAUGACUCGAAUGCCCAAUCUAAUGGGACACGACGACCAGAAAGAAGCAGCCAUAAAGCUACAAGAGUUCGCCACCUUGAUUCAAUAUGGAUGUCAUAGCCACCUCAAGUUUUUCCUAUGUUCAUUGUUCGCCCCUAUGUGCACAGAACAAGUGUCAAACCCCAUCCCCGCCUGCAGAGCCAUGUGUGAGCAAGUCAAACUGAAAUGCUCUCCAGUUUUAGAGCAAUUUCAAAUCCCAUGGCCUAAAUCAUUGGACUGUUCGCGCCUGCCAACUAAGAAUGACCCUAAUAACCUCUGUAUGGAAGCUCCAAACAACGGCUCAGAUGAACCCCCAAAAGUGUCCCACACGCAGCCUCCAGACUUCAGACCGCAGCGGCCUCUCGGUGGCCAGGAGUUGCCUUUAAAGGACAGUAGUGGCAGACCUCCAUGCACUAAGUCAGGCAAGUUCCACUUUGUUGAGAAAAGUGAAUCUUGUGCCCCCAAGUGUUACCCGAAAGUGGAUGUGUACUGGAGUCAGGGUGACAAGCAGUUCUCUCUGGUGUGGAUGGCCAUUUGGUCUAUCCUGUGCUUUGUCUCCAGUGCUUUCACAGUGCUGACUUUCCUUAUUGACCCACAGCGCUUCAAAUACCCAGAGAGGCCCAUAAUUUUUCUCUCCAUGUCCUAUUGCGUCUACUCCGUGGGCUACCUUAUUCGGCUUUUUGUGGGCGCUGACAGAAUAGCCUGCGACAGAGACAAUGGCGUCCAGUAUAUCAUCCAGGAGGGCCUUGAAAGUACUGGCUGCACCAUUGUGUUCCUCAUCCUGCAAGAAGUGGGGCCAUGA